UCCUCUGCUUCAAGGCUUUGCCUUAAGCUUUCCGUUUUUCAUCCACAAAAUCCCAAAUGAAAAUUUAACUAUAGAAACUCUUAAGUACUAAUAGGAAAUUUGUAACUGGAUCUGGAAUAUUAAUUACUGUUCCAAUACCAAAAGAACUCGCAGCUUCUGGAAACUUAAUCGAGUCAGCAAUCCAGACUGUCCUUAUAGACAUUGCACUUGGGAAAAAUAAUGCUCUCGUUGGUGCUAAGAUUGCUGCACCUCUUUCCCAGAUCAGACAACAUUGCAGUUAAGCUAAACUGCUUAUGCUUUUUUGAUUUAUUUAUGAUAUUAAAUUUCUUGAACAUUCUGGGCAUAUGCUUUUGUUCAGUGUUGCUUAAUACGCAGUCAUUUUGGUUAUUAGUUGAGAGAUAUUUGUUGGGAUCAAAGAGAUUGCUUUGGGGUGAAAUUCGAGUGUUCUUUUGAUUUGGGGAAAGAAUGCGGCGGAGUAUAAUUGUUGUGAGACUAAUUUCUUUAUACAUAUUGUGAUAAUAGUGUUUUUGGUGCUGUUUGCUGGGCUGAUGUCUGGCCUUACUUUGGGACUCAUGUCUAUGAAUCUAGUUGAUCUUGAAGUUCUUGCCAAGUCUGGAACUCCUAAGGAUCGCAAACAUGCUGCAAAGAUAUUGUCGGUUGUCAAAAAGCAGCAUCUGUUGCUAUGCACUCUACUCAUUUGCAAUGCUGCUGCCAUGGAGGCACUUCCGAUUUUUCUUGAUGGUCUGAUAACAGCUUGGGGUGCAAUUUUGAUUUCAGUUACACUGAUUCUUCUGUUUGGUGAGGUGAGGAUCCGACUCUAACUGGAUUUUCUCUUAGAGCUGAGAUCAGGACAGAUGGCAACUUGGCUCGUGAUAUCAUGGCAAUGCCAAUAACAUCCAUAGCCUUAGAGUCCGCUUUUAGUAUUGGCAGUAAAGUGCUCAACAAAUAUUGAAGCUCACUUCGACCAAAAAAUGCAGAAUCUUUGAUAUGCACUCGAACUUGGCUAUAUGGAUAUGAGUUUGAAGGUAACAUGUUAACAUAAUAUUUCUUAUAUUUUAUUAUUUACAUUUAUUAAUAUUUGUAGUUGAUCAUUGUUUUGUAAAUGAUGAGGUGAAAGAUGAUUUGGAUGAUGAUCUUGAUAUGACAUUGACUGAUCUCAAGACAGUGGAAUCAAGAGACUCUAUCACGUCCACUUUGGGAUGAACAUUUGCUAUCCUAAGAAUGUUUUUUGUUGAAUA